AGGAAGGAGAUUUUAUUGAACUGGCAAAACUAAUAGAUGUCAAAGUGACAUAAGACAGCUGUCUAUUGUCACUGUGACUAAGAUGUGCCCUCUGACAAUUGUGGCCUUUUUCCGGCUCUCUGUGGCACCGAAAGCCUCAAGAUGAAGCAAAUCGUUGCUAAUCAAAAAGUUAAAAUCCCUGAUGGGUUAACCGUGAAUGUAAAAUCACGACUGGUGACAGUAAAAGGUCCCAGAGGAGUUCUAAAGAGGAACUUCAAACAUCUAGCUGUUGAUAUUCGAAUGGUUAACCCACGAUUAUUGAAAGUAGAGAAGUGGUUCGGCUCUAAGAAAGAACUCGCUGCUGUAAGGACUGUAUGUUCUCAUGUGGAAAAUAUGAUUAAGGGUGUUACAAGAGGAUUCCAAUACAAAAUGAGGGCUGUAUAUGCCCAUUUCCCCAUCAACUGUGUCACAACAGAAGGCAACACAGUCAUUGAAAUCCGUAAUUUCCUUGGAGAGAAAUACAUCAGGAGGGUAAAGAUGGCAAAUGGUGUGACAGUUGUAAACUCGCCAAAACAGAAAGACGAGCUCAUCAUUGAAGGCAACUCCCUGGAGGAUGUUUCAAGUUCUGCCGCACUUAUUCAACAGUCAACAACUGUUAAAAACAAAGAUAUCAGAAAGUUUUUGGAUGGUCUCUAUGUUUCCGAGAAGACCACUGUUGUACCAGAUGAAAUAUAAUAAGGAUAAUAAAAUAUAAUAUUAA